GAGUAGAGGCGCGUCAGCGACACAACCGCGGACCAAUAAUUUGUCUGUUUGGUUACGGACAGAGAGCAUGAGAGCUUGUCGGCGCCCAAUCAGCGCUUUUGUAUUGCCUGCCGGUGCCGGGGACUGACUGGUUGUUACUGGAGGAGUUACUGCAGCGCCCCAGGAUCCCAAAGCCAAACCCGAAGCCAGUGGAACCUGCGGGGUGAAGGCGAGUCAGUCCGGUAUGGAGCGGCUGAAUGAGGAAGCAGUGCGACGAAGCCUGCUAAAGCGAGGCCUGGACUCCUCAUCUGCAGGGGGCGCUACUAGCAGUGAGAGAGACGAGCUGCUUUCCAAACGCAUAAAGAUGGAGGGCCACCAGGCAAUGGAGCGUCUUAAAAUGCUGGCCUAUCUGAAACGCAAGGACCUGGCCGGCCUGGACAGUGGAGGGCUGGGCGGGGUCUCGGGGGGUGGAUCCCUUGGCGGUGAGGUCAAGGGUCAUGGGUCAUCCGGGGGAGGUGCCUAUGAGGAGAAGACGAAUGGCAGCCUCCGUGGCCAGGUUGCAGGAGCCCAUGGCAUGGCGGGAAAGAGCGGGAAGGAGAACAUAGGCGAGGAGCCCGUAGAUUUCAGCUCCCGGAGAGGUGACGUGGACAGGGAGCGACAAACCCCCUCCCCGGACGUGAUCGUCCUGUCGGACAAUGAGGCGUCCAGUCCGAGAGGGCCCAGUCGGGGAGAAGAACGGCUGAGGCCACCCAACCUGGAGGUGUUUAAGGGUAAGACUGGGGAGGAGAGGCAGAAGAUGAUCAGGGCUCUGAGAGAGGAGCUGAGACUGGAAGAGGCCAGGCUGGUCCUACUGAAGAAGCUGAGACAGAGCCAGAUGCAGAAGGAGAACCUGGUUCAGAAGGUCCCUGUGGUCCAGAACACUGCGUCUGCUCUCCAGAGUGGUGCCGUCCAUGGUGCUCAGAGCAUGAGCAAGAUGUCUGGCCGUCCUGGCCACCACACCCCAGAGCCCCAGAACCUACGCACUGCACAGGUGGGCUACAGCAUUGGACAGGGUCACUCAGUGAUCAGGUCUGCCACCAACAGCUCCAUGUCUCAGAUGAUGAUGUCUCAGAGCAGGGUGAUAGCACCAAACCCUGCCCAACUGCAGGGCCAGAGGCUGGCACAGCAGAAGCAGGGAGGCAUGCGCUCCUCGACUGGCAGCUCCAACAAUGCUGUGAGCUACCAGCAGCAGGUGUCAGCAUCCCAGCGCUCUGGUUCCUCCUCCGCUGCCUCUUCGGCCAUCUACAUGAAUCUGGCCCACAUGCAAGCCUCCGGAGCGGGGGGCGUGAGUGGCGUGUCAGGGGUGGGAGCAGUCAGCCCCUCAGCCAACCACAGCCCAGGUGGGGCAUCGCUGGGCUCCUCCAUGGCAGACACAGCCAGCAGCCAAGCGGCCGCCAAGUUAGCCCUGAGGAAGCAGCUGGAGAAGACCCUGCUGGAGAUCCCGCCUCCCAAGCCCCCCGCGCCGCUCCUCCACUUCCUGCCGUCAGCGGCCAACAGCGAGUUCAUCUACAUGGUUGGUCUUGAGGAGGUGGUGCAGAGCGUCAUUGACAGCCAGGGUAAACUCCGUUUGCCCUGCUCCAUGGAGCCCUUCUCCUGUGCUCAGUGCAGGACAGACUUCACCCCUCACUGGAAACAGGAGAAGGGCGGGCGCAUCCUCUGCGAGACCUGUAUGUCUUCCAAUCAGAAAAAGGCCCUGAAGGCCGAGCACACCAACAGGCUGAAGAAUGCCUUUGUCAAGGCUCUACAGCAGGAGCAGGAGAUUGAGCAGCGAAUCCAGUUGCAAGCCGCGCUGGCCACUAGUUCGGCUCAGACUGUCCCCAGCGUCAGUAAGGCAGAGUCUAUGAGCAGACACCACUCACAUCGACAGGCACCGCAGCCCCAGGUGACCCAAUCCCAAGCCUCCCUUCAACGUGGCCUGUCCAGCUCGGCUCGGGGUGUCCUGUCCAACUUCGCCCAGGCCUCUCAGCUCUCAGUGGCCAGCAGCCUGCUGGGCAUGACUGGCAAACGCAGUGGACAGGUGGGCGGUGGCGGGCAUAGCCGCGCACAACAGCAACAGCAGCAGCAUCACGACAGCCGCCGCCAGCUCUACGGCAUCCCUGGGGUGAAUAUCGCCUACCUGAACCAAGGCAGUGUGGGGGGCCACAAAGGAGCCAGCCUGGCCGACCGUCAGAGGGAGUAUCUGCUGGACAUGAUCCCGCCUCGCUCCAUAUCUCAGUCCAUCAGUGGACAGAAAUAAACCCCUCAGCCUGCCCAGAUGCAAUACCAAGACCCUAACCCCUACCCCACACCGCACUCCAACCCCCAUCGCAUGCAGUGCCUGUUAGUGUGCCUACCAAACUAACCUAUAUGAAGAACACAAUCAAGUCAAAAAAGGCCACCGAACUUGAACCUGAAAGGACUUUUCAUUUAAAUGUGUGAUGCAAACCCCUUUGAAUUCCUCUUGUUAUUACUAUGGUCAUUAGUGCUAUGGAUUUUGUUACUACAUCACUGCUGCCAGUCGUCAGCGUGCCCGUCUUUCUGGGGAGCCCCUGUGUUUAUAUGCUGGUGGCUCUGGGGAACCCCUGUGUUUAUAUGCUGGUGGCGCUGUCCUGAGUGUUUUUUGUUUUUUUGGUAUUUGUGUCCUUGUUUUCAAAGCAAUAUUUUGUCUUGAUUGAGCUUUCCUUGACUUGGACUCAAGUCUUUAUGUCUGGAAUUACCAAACAAUCUUUUUGAGAACUACACCACUGUCUCAAGUCCCUGAUCUGUCUGUGAUUUCUUAUUUCAGCCUUCAAGCUGUCUUUUUUUUAUGUUUGGUUGUGACUUUUUGGUGGGGAAAUUCUGGAUUCUCUCUGAGAAUCCACAGACAGACCAGCCAUACCUUUGUUUUAAAAAGGUGAUUGUGACGGUUAAACUUUGACCUGAAUCUCUAAAGCCUUUGAGCUUGAGCUUUACGAUUUGUGGAGGGGAAAUAGGAUGUUUAACACCUUGUAGUUGUCCAAACCAAUGCUCCUCUGCCUGCUGAAACAAGCGUGGAUGCAUCACAGGGACGGCCGAAUGCACCAGACCUGGUUGGACUGGGUUGGGAUCCUGGCUUCUUGGAUCGGACGCGCAGCUUCAAGAAAGACUACUCCCAUUGGAAACAACGGCAUUGAAAUUGAACACAAAGCAGGAUUCUUCACCUUAUAAUUUGUGGCCGUUGACGACAGAGGUGAUGAGUCAGAGUCAGUAUCCUGAAGGAUAUUUAGUUGAUUGACUGGGAGGCUAUGUAGUGGGAUUUGAUUGGUUGGAAGAUUAUGUGCACGUAUUUCACUGUGCGGGAGACCACAUAUAUUGAAUUUGCUGAGAGAUCAGAUGGAACAAGAUUUUUAUUUAAUCGGAGAGCAUACAGGUAUUGGAUUGGAUGUGAGGGAUCGUCCCUAGACUCAACAAUGAAUGGGUAUUCCAUAGGACCAUGCGUUCCAACGAUCUGGGGGGGGGAAUGGGGGUCGGGGCAUAGGGGUUGAUCCCUUUUAUCCACUUUUUUGUCUCUAACUUCAUAGGAUUUGUUAUUGCUCACUCUACUCUGACUGUCAAAGUUAUGGAUUCAGUUUAGAUGACAUUUUAAGACUUCUUGAACUUUCUAAUGUCUACAUUAUUCCCCAUGAUGUCUGGGAGAGUGGCUAGCUAGCUCUUAGCUAUAAGCCUAGCCUGCUUUAAGCUAUUUAGAUUUUUGGUGUCUUCUGAAGUGGUAGCGUAUCUAAAAGGUACUUAGCCCAGAAGACAAUAAAUAAUACAGUAUGACAAAUGCAACUAUUAAAUAUUUACAUAAAUCAAACAGUUAUUUAGAAAUGAACAUUUAUAGGAUAUAGGUUAUGGGUUAUGGCAAUGCACUGGACUGUACAUGCAGAGCACUUAAGUACAGAUCCAGGAAUCCAGGGUGAACUGAUUAUUGACAUGCUCCAUCUCCUAUUAAUUAUGCUUCUAGUUCAGAUAAUGAAAAAAUCUUGAAUUAUUUAGGGGUCAGUUUAAAAGUAAGAAAUACUGGUGCAUCUGUGUUAAAGCCGCAGACAAUAUUCAUUCCUAUGUAUUUAUUUUCCUGCAAUCUAAGUUGCCCUCUUAUACCCUGCAGUUUUAAAGUGUUUAAAAAACCUAUCGCCCGAGAACAGUGGCUUACCUUUUGCCCUUUUUAGAAACUUGAAAAGCAGGUGCAAUAUUUUGAGACACAGGGAGGAUAAAGCUCAUAAGAGUGUUUGUGCUGAAUGUUACUCUUUUAAUCCAUGAAGUAUCCCUGACUAUUAGUUGGGUAGCCUUACACCCACAGUAGCUCUGUUUGUAAGAGUCAUUGGAUCCAGAUGAAAUGGAUGUUGUAUUAGAUGUGUUCAGUAAGCACAAAACUGGAGCAAAUGUUUUAAACAGAGGUCAUACUACCUGCAAUUGUCCUGUAACGGCACUCUGUUGUCUGUUUAAAACCCUUUCCUGCCAUUUGUGCCCAAUGAACACGACCCAAGGUCUGCUGUAGUCCACAAACCCAACAAAUCGUAGUCAUUCUGUGAUGGACGGCAUUCUAUGGGUGGUUUUUAUUGACAUUUUUGCCUAACUGUUAUUUGACAGUUAUCAUUUUCCUCUUUGUAUGUAAGCGUUAUACACUUAAUUCAUCAAUCUUUCUCAAACUAUGCCAGAAUUACCCAGAACAUUGUUUUACGGAACAUAGUAAAGAACAAAAAAAGUGAAAAUAUCAUUUUUGGAUGUCAUUUUUGUAAGCUUUCAGUCAUUAAAAAAGCUUUUGUUAACCUGUCAAUCCAAUAUAAUUUGAAUUUCUUUGGUGAAAAAAUAAGAAAAUAUGUAAUUCUUAAAAAAAAUGAAAUUGUCAGGUAAUAUUAUCUUGAACAGAUGUAGUAAUAAUAAUGACCUAUUGUAUAUAUGCUUUUCUCCUUUGUGGAAUAAGACACAUGAAUUCAAAGUGGGUAUACAUUGUAUAGAAAAACAAACAAAAGCCAUGGAUAUUGUGAAGCUUGUCAUUUUGUUUAUUGAUCACCGUGUAUUCCUGUGCCACAAAUGUGCAAAAAUGUGUGGGAGUUAUGAUUCUACCUUUUCUAUUUACUAUCAAAUGCAUUCUAUACUUUCUAUAUCUUGUUUUCUAGUACUUCAAGGCAGUAUGGUUAUUGUUAUGGAGAGUUGUUUGCUCUAUCCCAGCACCACUUUGUCUAUACAUUUAUAUGUGCUCGCUGUUAUUACAUGCUUUACUUUCAGCAGCAUUGAUGUUCAGUUAGCCAAUAGUAGUUGUUGUUGUUGUUGUUACUAUUAUUAUUACUAUUGUUGUUAUUAUAAUAAUAAUUGACAUUAUUGUACACUUUUUUUUUUCUUUUUUUUUUUACUUCUGGAACAUUUUUUGCAAGGCUUGGGGUAGAUCAAACAACUGGAAUGGGACAUGUUAAGAUUUUUUUCUCCUAGUAUAUAUUUUCAAGGUAAAGGCAGUGCAUGGUUCACAUAAGAGACUCCAUAAUAUGAACUACAAGCUGUGUGUUUAAAAUACACAGUCAUAACCGUUAAGCGAGUCUUUAUACACCUUUAAAAGGUGUCUUUGAGGGGGUAUAUGAUGUUGUCAAACAGAGCUUGAAAUACACUCAACAACCAACAACAAACGCAAUAUUGUUACAAAUGGCUCAGUAUGGCUUGUAUCAUAUUCUGUCAAUAAAGUUUAAGCGACGUUUUCAA